AUGGCCAACGAAUAUGCCUACCCCUCUUCGCAGGAUGCUAAUCAAUCUUCCGGUGGUCGCCCCGGUCUUCGUCAUCCGCGACCAGUUCGUUAUGCCUCGACACCUUCAUAUGAGAGUCCACGAAGGCAUUAUCGCCGAAACCCAAUAGCCAGACGCCCGGUCAAGGUGGAAACUCUGGAUGCUCGAUCUGAAUAUACCACCAGCCAGGAUGAUGGUACCGCUGAACACAGAAUCAACCAAUAUGUGAUUAAACAAGAGAUUGGCAGGGGCUCUUUCGGAGCCGUGCAUCUUGCUACGGAUCAGUUUGGGAAUGAAUACGCCGUCAAGGAAUUCUCCAAGGCACGGCUUAGGAAACGCGCACAGUCACACCUGUUACGGAGACCUCGAGGUCCUAAGCGCCCAUCAGAUGGCUUCAAUUCCCCACUUCACCGUCGUUCGCUGGAAGAUCCAGAUGAAAAGAGAAAUGCCCUUUACCUUAUCAAAGAAGAGAUAGCUAUCAUGAAGAAACUGCAUCAUCACAACCUGGUGUCUCUGAUUGAGGUCUUAGACGACCCGACGGAGGAUUCUUUAUACAUGGUUAUGGAGAUGUGUAAGAAAGGGGUGGUUAUGAAGGUUGGGCUUGAAGAUAGAGCCGACCCAUAUGAUGACGAGCUCUGUCGCUGUUGGUUCCGCGACCUGGUCCUGGGAAUAGAAUAUCUGCACGCUCAGGGCAUUGUACAUCGCGAUAUAAAACCAGAUAAUUGCCUAAUAACGAGCGAUGACGUUCUCAAGGUAGUGGACUUUGGGGUAUCCGAGAUGUUCGAGAAAGACUCCGAUAUGUUCACGGCGAAAUCGGCUGGCUCGCCUGCUUUCCUCCCACCAGAGCUAUGUGUUGUCAAACACGGGGAUGUCUCGGGGAAAGCGGCCGACAUAUGGUCUAUGGGUGUUACGUUGUACUGUUUGCGGUACGGUAAAUUGCCCUUCGAGAAGCAAAGCAUCUUUGAGCUGUAUGAGGCUAUUAAGACUGACCCAGUGGCAUGUGAGGGGGAAACCGAUGAAAACUUCAAGGACCUGAUGUCACGGAUUCUGGAGAAAGAUCCUACCAAAAGGAUCCAAAUGAGUGAUCUGCGAGAACACCCCUGGGUCACAAGGGAUGGAAUAGACCCACUGUUGCCGGAGAGCGAAAAUACUGCUGAAAUAGUUGGACUCCCUACUGAAGAGGAAAUGAACUCGGCUAUCACAAAGACUAUUGGUCAUGUCCUAGCUGUGAUGAAAGCCGUGAAGAAUUUCAAGAGACUAAUUGACCCUGCCAAGGCAGACCCACCUAUGCAGAGUAUUCUUGGACAAGAGUAUGAGACGCACUUUGUCCAACCACCCCUUGAAAUGGAACCAGAAGAAAGUUUCGCAGCUGGUACUGUUUCAAAUUCCAACAAAAGCCAGAGCCUAAACACGUACAAUAGAAAUGCCUGGAAACGUGAUGACGUUCUCAAAGGGUAUCAUCUGCAUUGCGAAGAGCCACGCUUACAUCAGCUCCUAGACAGCACAGACUCCAGUAUCUCUGGGAGACAAGGGUCUGUGUUUUACGAUAGCAGUAAGCAGACUGCAAGCGUCAGGCCUGAGGGAAGUGACUCGGGCUACAUACCUAGCAGCAAAACACCAGGGGCAUCUUUCGAUGACUUGCAGACCAUAACCACACCUGGAUCCUCAUCCCCACAAGUUCCACUGUCGAGGACAAGUUCGGUCCUUACUAAGCGCAGCAUAGAGGGAACACGUGGGCAUGCACGAGAUCCUUUGGAGGAGGAGUUUCCGUUCUUGUUCAUUGGGCCUUCUACUUAUACCGGCUCGCCACCUACGGAUACUGGCGACUCCGAGAUGGACUACAUCUUUGAUGAACCGGAUAGCAUGCUAUCUGCAGAACCUUCUGAAAUCGACCCGUGCCCUGUUGUGAGCGAAUCACCGGGUGCAGCAGAGUUUGAUAUCUAUGAGACCGCAUAUCGGCAGGAGAUCGAACGUAUCCGAAUCCGCAGUCUUCCUCGUCAGGGUACUACGCCGAAGGUGUACCUCACUCGGCGCGUGGAAGGAAAAGAUGAAGUAAUGAAAUUAGUAGAAGAAAAGAUCCCUGGCACAGUCCCCGAAAUUGGCAAAAGGCUCGCUAAACCAUCGGGUCCAAGUCUGAGUUCCGCCGUGAGUGCGAUAAGGGCUCAGCUAGAGCUGCAAAAGCAGCAACAAAUGCAAGGCAUGGUGGCUAGAGCUCCACAUCAAGAAUAG